AUGCAUUUUGGCAACGUUACUACAAACAGGGCUGAGAGUGCACAUGCAAAGUUGAAGAGACAUCUUGGAUCUUCUCAAGGUGACUUAGAGUCAUCAUGGACAAUUAUCAACAGUCUUAUUGAGUUACAACAUGUAGAGAUUAAGGGGUCGUUUGAAAAAAGUUUAAUGUUGGUGCAACAUAACUUCAAGCCAGCAAUUUUUAGAGAAUUGCGAGGUGUUAUAUCGAGAAGUGCAUUGAAUAUGGUACUAAUGCAGUUGCAACUUGCUCAUAAAAUUGGGAUAGACAAAGUUUCAUGUGGAUGUGUGAUUAGAAGCACAUAUGGUUUACCUUGUACACAUGAAAUUACAGAGUUCAUGGUAACGAUUGAGCCAGAAAUAGAGAGUAUAUAUAAAAUGUUUUAUUCAGAACCGGGGCCAGUGAAACAAGUAUUAAAGCAAAAGUUGAGAGAAAUAGUUAAUCCAGACACAACUUCACUACAACCACCAACCAUAAAAGUUAGGACGAAGGGUAAGCCAACAUCGAAGAAGAAAAUUCAGAUUGAUACAUCCACCAAACGUGAUCCGUCCUUAUUUGAAAUAGUUCAAUCUGGUCAAGAUAGUAGAUCCCUAACAACAUGGAUAUCCAAGAGAAACACCAACCGACUCAAGGGGUAUGAUGAUUGUUUCCCACCACAAAUACAACCGUUCUUGCAUAGUAUUGUCAAUGUAGAAUCAGAUGGACAUUGUGGAUUUCGCGCGAUAGCAGGGUUACUUGGUAUGAGUGAGCACAAUUGGAGAGAUAUUCGUUUUAGUCUAAUAGGAGAGUUGCAAUCUUUUCGUGCGAUGUAUACGCAAUUAUAUGGAUCAGAAAUGCGUGUAGAUGAGUUACUACAUAUAUUGUAUUGCUUUGAUAACAUUGCACCGUGCGAGCAUUGGAUGACUUUACCUGACAUGGGCCAUUUAGUUGCUUCAAAAUACAAUGUCGUAUUGGUGCAUUUGUCACGGAUCCAGUGUUUUACAUAUCUUCCACUCAGAUCGAUCCCUCCUCCAGCAGUACAGCACAUGAUGAUUACUAUAGGAUUUGUGAAUGAUUGUCAUUUUGUGCAGGUAUUCCUUAAGCCAAGGUCACCAAUUCCUCCUAUCGCACUGAAUUGGUACAGAUUUCGAUGUGAUAAUGCACGUGAUUGGGAAACGCCAUACAUAUCCAGAAUUCAAGCAUUUUUGUCUCUAGUAGGUCAAGAUGUGGCAACACAGGAAGUUUUUGACUUAUCUGACACAUGA